UCGGACAGAAAGGAGUCUGCGAGCUGUUUUUCUUUGGUCAGCUGGUCGCUGCAACUCUCAGCUACGUCAACUAACAAGACAACAAGUUCACUUGGCCAUUAUUUACCAGCAGCUUUAAAAAAAAAAAUGAGUGAACCGAGAACUCGGACUUCACACCAGGAAGUUGACAGACUUUAACAGAGACGACACCGCGUCUUCUUGGGGAGCCUGAUGAACGGGGGAGGUUUAUUGUCCUAGCUCGCUGGCUAACAGAAGCUAUUUGUCUGGCUGAGUCGCCGAGAUGGCUACUGGAGAGAUGUCUUCACGGCUCACGUACCGUCGCCCGUCGGCCAGCAUAAAGCAGGAGCAGGAUGACGACUCGGACUCGGAGACCCAGCUGCUGGUCCUGAGGAGGUCGGACGGGCUGGAGUCUCAGGUCAUCCACAGCGGACACUUCAUGGUGUCAUCGCCCCACAUCGAGCACCCUCCGAAGAAAGGCUACGACUUCGACACUGUCAACAAACAGACCUGUCAGACCUAUCACUUUGGCAAUGCGAGGAUGUCACUGCUCUCCAUUGACGCUUCUCUGACCAAACUCUUUGAGUGCAUGACUCUUGCGUACAGUGGUAAAUUGGUAUCUCCCAAAUGGAAAAACUUCAGAGGUCUAAAACUGCUUUGGAGAGACAAGAUCCGCCUCAACAACGCCAUAUGGAGGGCCUGGUAUAUGCAGUAUGUGGAAAAAAGGGAGAACCCUGUAUGUCACUUUGCAACUCCCCUGGAUGGAAAUAUGGACUUGGACGUCCAUCGUCCUGCAGAGGGCAGUGCCACAGAUGGGAAAUGCUGGAAAAGACGAAUUGAAAUUGUCAUCAGAGAAUACCACAAGUGGAGAACAUACUUUAAAAAAAGGUUACAAAAGCACAAGGAUGAUGACCUCUCAAGCUUGCUGAAGGAUGAAGAGACUGCUGUGCGCCGCCUGCCUCGUAGGCACAAUGAAACACCUCCCCCCAUGGAGAUGGACCCCCUAUUUGACAUGGAUGUUCUGAUGUCUGAGUUUUCGGACACGCUUUUCUCUACGUUGGCCUCGCACCAGCCAAUAGCUUGGCCUAAUCCAAGAGAGAUUGCCCAUGCAGGGAACGCAGACAUGAUUCAACCAGGACUCAUACCUUUACAACCAAACCUAGACUUCAUGGACUCAUUUGAUCCACUGCAAGACUUAUUUCACAGCCUUCGUCAGCCCACCUUCACAUCUAUUUUACCCACUGCACCAUCUGUCACCCCUCAACCCAGCAGCAGCUCUCAAUCACAGGCCCAGUUAAUGUCGUCCAUGCUCACAAGCAACAACAUCUCCCCUCCUGGCCCCCUGCCGAUCCCCUCUCCCAUGGCCAGUCAAGCCAGUCGAACAGGUGGUGGUGGUGCUGGUGGUGGUGAUGCUGAAGCCUAUGUACAAAACUACAUGCCUCUGUUUCCUGGGCAGGUGGCGCCCAGAGAUCAAGCAGCAGUUUCCUCUGUCUCUCAAUCAUUAUCCCAUGAUCCUCUGGUACAGUGCCUUCCAGGUCAGGACAUUGCCUCAGCAGCACCCAUGGUUCCAUCGCCCUUGGACAACACCUCAGCACUGGAUGAGACUGUAGAACCAUCUGUGAUUACACACAAGGCCUCCUCCACUGUCAAACUCAGCAAUGCAGCAACCACCUUCAGCCACGCUGCAGACUAUACGUCCAUAUCCACACAACCUCCAACUCCUUCUUCUCAACUUCAGUCCCUGUCUCCAUUACCUGCCACGCCUGUCCAACUCCCUCAGACUUUUGCCCUGCCUCGCCCCUUUCAGUCAUCCAGUGCCAACAAAAACCGCCCUGUGCAAAGGAUUGCUCCUGCUAACGCCCUCCCCCCCUCCCACCUCAUCCUCACAGCCCCUUUUCCAGGUCAUGCCAAUGCAGUAAUUGUUACACCAUCGCCUCUUAAAGCAGAUGUGGUCCAUAAUACUGGAGUGGUCAUCACUCCUUCUCAACUUGGAGGGACUCCUGGAUUUCACGUUUUGUCUCAGACACAGAAGUCUCCCCAGCCGAUUGUCCCCAAAGAAAAGUCUCCCAGCCGCAAAAGUCAGAAAGCCUCCUCUAGUGUCGGUCACAGUCAGAGUGGAUCAGAUCAAGGAUCACCACAUGGGUUAGAUCAAGUUCCUAGUCCCAAGUCACUGAUCAGCAGCAGCAAUAUAUCUCUGGUAAAGAAUGAACAAAAUCAGAGCCGGAGGACAACAUACAUAUCUGCUGAGCAAAAGAGACGAUCAAACAUAAACAUUGGCUUUAAAACCCUCUGUAACCUGGUUCCCACUCUAAAGUCCCAAUCAAAUAUCAGUAAUGCAGUCACUUUGCAGAAAACAGUGGAUCACAUUUGGAAGCUUCAACAGGAGAGGCAGCAGAUGCUGGAAGAGGUCAAGAGACUAAGAGAGGAGAUAGAGGAGAUAAACACCUCCAUUAGCUCCUGUCAGGAACAGCUGCCUGUGACAGGAGUCCCCAUCAGGCGAAAUCGCUUUGACCAAAUGCAGGAGAAGUUCAAUGAUUAUGUUAAGAGCCGCACUCUUCAGAACUGGAAGUUCUGGAUUUUCAGUAUCGUUAUCAAGCCUCUCUUUGAGUCUUUCAAUGGGAUGGUGUCAACUACAAGAGCAGAGCUGUGUCAGACCACAUUGCAAUGGCUCGAUCGUCACUGCUCCCUUCCAGCUCUCAGACCCAUGGUGCUGAGUAGCCUCCGCCAGCUGAGCACAACCACGUCCAUACUUAGUGAUCCGUCCCUGCUGCCUGAAGAAGCCAUCCACGCCGUCACACAUACAGAUGGGUGGCCUUGCUCUCAGAGGUGAUGAGGUGACCCAGAAGCCACAUGAGCCUUUUAACAGCAAUCAUCAAAAUGACAUAUCACUGUUUACCUUAAAGACAUUCAGCAAGGUCAACACGUCUUCCACAGAUGCAUGACUUCCCUGAAAAAUAAAUGAAAUGAGAAAUGCAAGCUAGGUCUGGCUUACUUUUACUCUGUAUGUACGAUGGUCAUACAUUUGUUCGGUUGUAUAUUGAUUCUUGGGAAUGGUGCACACAGGGAGCCCCACCUUUGACAUUACAUUUCUAACAACUGUGGCUCUUAUGAUAUUUUAUUUGAAUGACAACAACUACUACUACCAUCAACGGCUUUAGGUGAAGAGUUUCUAAAUACUUUGGUGGAAGGUGGUACUGGUUGUUUGCUUUUUGAACAAUAUAUUUAAAUUAGAAUCACUUUUAUAAUGUAAAAACAAACCAUUGUGUUAAAAAGGGAAGUAUUGUGUGAUUGUUCAUUAUAUGUACUCUCUCAGUUGUACAAAUCUUAUGGAUAGGAUGCUUUUUUCACAAGGAGAUCAAUGUGGGAUUUUUUUAGGACUAGCUGGCUGUAUAGUUUAUGUGUUUUGGAAGCUCUUAUACCUCCCAGAAAGUUUCACAUCAGAAUGUCUAGGAUCGUCUGAAACUUGCUCUCUUCUGGACUGGUCUGUGCUUGAUUAUUACAAAAAAGCUGAGACCAUAAUUGUCUUUUCCAUCCCUCAUUUACUCAGGUGAAUGUUAUUUAGACAGUUAACAAUAGUGUUUUCUUGGUGGGUUCCCACCCAUGCUGAACAUCUUCCUUCAUUUUUUGCUUGCUCUGCCCAUUUCCAGUAGGUUCUACUGCAAAUUGUACAAGAAAGCAGUCAUCUUAAAUACAGUAUGUUACAUACAUGGGUUUCUACUGGGCAGGUCACAGCAUAAUGGAGGGAUAUUACUUACAGCCCUCAUAGGGAGCAUACCUGAAAUAGCAGUACAGAUUAUUUAUAUACUUCAGUAUAUUUACAUGUACAGUGAUUCAAGAUCUUAGCUGAAUGCACAGUAGUUGUAGAUGUUUCCUGUUCUUUGUUGGUCACUCAGGACUGCCCUUGUCAGUGUAAUUGUUUUCAAUUCAGCUAUGAACAAAUUGAGUCAGGGUCCUUUACAGCAGGAAAACAUGUCUGUAGAAGGGUACAGAUUACAUCACGUGGUUUGAUUUAACAGUUUUUUUCCUCCUAAUUACACUAAUUUAUAAGGUGUGCUAAUCAUAGACACUGGAGAAACAAUCAGUAUGCCAUGUGAAAAGAUGCAGCACACAUAAACAGAGCAAAUGUCAUAUGAAAGAGUAGUCUACCCGUCCAUUCAGUUCAUUGUUGUUGUUUCUGAAAUCAUAUUUGACAGAGCGCUCUGUUGACUGCUUGAGAAUUGGACAAUGUGCAGGUUAACUUUCCAUGUCUGAGUUCAGCCUUAAAGUCAAAGUGCCCUUACUCAUGAUCUCUGCAGGCUAAUUAAUAUAGGCUUUUUCUUAUUAUUUGUGUUUCAGCACUCCUCAGGCAGACAAUGAUUUCGUUACUUGUGUUUUUACUUUCCUUUCUGCACAAAAACUCUGUUUACUAUGAGUAGUAAAUGGCACCACAGUUCUUAUUUGAUGAAUGUGCAGCUUUUUAAGUGUUUUAUUGUGAAUUGCAGAUUGGUUUUAAUAGUCUAUUUUACUUUUGAAAUAAUUGACCUGUUGAUGUAAAGACUGCUCAAUUUACAGUAACACAGGAAAAGCAGUCAUCAAAAUUGAACACAUUACAGUGAAGCCUUAUGACUUCUGACAGAAAGCCCAAAUGUUCCACUUCAGCUUGGCAUUUGUGUGGCAAUUUUAUUUGUUUUGUUCUUAUCUCAUCAUACGAUUACGGAAAUGUAUGUUAUACCAGGUUGGAUUUCCAACUUUUUGCUUUUUUUGUGAGAGGGGGUUUGUACCUGAUGAUGUACAGUAUAACAUUGCAGAUUUGAUCUGUCCAUAUUGGUUCUCCCCAAAUUUACGAGUUUUAUUUCAAUUGUUUCAAGAAGUAAAUAUAUUUUCUAUAUUCUGCACCGGAGUGUUUUUUGUUCACAUCCUAAGUUCAUGAUACAAGUUUUAAAAUGCCUUAAAUGAUUUGUAUCACAAUAAAAGCUA